AUGAAGGCCCACGGCCAUAAGGUCGUCUUUGUCCAUGCUUCCCACCGACAGAUCCUUCUUCCUGCGACCUUUCAACUUCUUCACACCGUCUCAUGCUACGAUGUCAUCCUCAAAGCAUACCUUGACUCGGCCUACCGUGCAUUGCGACACGAGGCCGAUGCAGCUUCACGGUCAGCGCCGGAUCGAUCCCCCAGGCCUUGCAAGCUCCCUGCUUCCUUCGAACAGCUAGCCCAGACUGCCUUGGUUCAGGAGCUGCGUUCUUACCCACUUUCUCUGACAACUCUAGCUCAAAUCGGAGUGGUGCUGGCAUCCAAAAAUGACUUCAAGCAGGCGAUGCAAGGCGACUUUGGCGCGAUCUGGGACCAAGAAUCCUCCUUGACCAUUGCAGUUCUACGAUCGGUCGACGUGUCUAGCAGUCUCGAAGUGAUGCCCACAGCCAUCGAGGCAAUCAGAGUCGCGUGCUGGCUCGAGCAUCACUUGCGAAUGAGAUCGCCUCACUCAGUUGGUGAUCAGCAGAGUGCCGCAAUCUUUGGAAGUGAAGAAACGAUCGCGGCUGUAUCAGAAAAUUUUCGAGCAGAAGGAGUUUCUUUCCAAGAGGCAGUGGGAGGAGUUGCCGUACAAGUCGCUAGCACCAAGCAGCUUCAGAAGCUACUUCGCAGCAUUAGCGAGAGUCAUCCAACUUCUGCUGCUGAAAGCUCUCUUGUCCCUGUCUUGGACUCCGACGAGUGGACACGUCUUCGGGCAAAAUUGCAGUCAGACAUCGCAAAGCGGAACAUUAGGAUCGCUAUCGGCUACGAUGCGAUCUCUGAGCAGCCAAGUUGCACCAAGAAUAUGAUGGUGCUCGACCUUUUCCGCCUCUUCUCGCACCUGAACUCUGGUCGAUCACGUUAUCAGUUUGCGGAAGCUGUCCGACUGGUGCAAGAGCAACUUUCUGCGUCGCGCAUUCAUCUUCCCUGCAUUGAACUUCUACUACUGGGCGGGACGAUGAGAGACGGAUGCGCGCAAGCUGCAGUAGACGCUUUCUUCUCUUCUAAGUUUCCGUUCACUCCGGUUAGGCUUCUCAGUCUUCUCUGUCCGAAAGACUCUCACCGAUGCGGAGAUGAGCCAGCCACGUCUUCCAAGGUGCAAGGCACUCCUUGUCAGCAGAUAGCCAUCAUCGGCAUGUCUUGCAGGCUACCAGGUGCCGAAGAUGCAGAUGAGCUCUGGCAGCUGCUUAAAGAAGGCAAGGAUACAUGUGAAGAGAUCCCCAAACGCCUUUAUCGCUAUCAAGACUACCACUCUGCAUCUUAUAGGGAACGCAACGUAAUGCGAGUCAAAACAGGAAAUUUCGUUGCGAGCGCGAGCUUGUUUGACAAGAGCAUCAUUGGACCGAUCAUGUCCUGUGAAGACUGCGCCAAAAUGGAUCCGCAACAGAGAGUCGCCAUCCUCACCGCACAUGAGACGCUGCAGAAAGCUGGUUACGGCUUCUCUCCCUAUCGGCACCCCAGACAUCCAGAUCAAUGGAGCACACAUCUCGCUUAUUGCAGCGAUGAUUAUCGCGAGCACCUCAGUCAGAGCAUCGAGGCCGGCUUUGUCUCCAACACUCAACGAGCACAUCUUGUCGCCCGAAUCAACGCUACUUUUGGCUUUCGAGGCGAGGCUUGCACUUACGAUACUGCAUGCAGCUCUGCUCUCGUUGCAGUGGAGGCUGCCUGCAACAGCCUCCUGAGUGGAGAGACGUCCGUGGCGCUUACGGGAGGAGUCAACAUUCUUACGCAGCCGCAAAUCACAAUCGGGCUUGAUAGAGGCUUCUUCCUCUCGCCAUCAUCGCAGUGCAUGACACUGGACGAUGCAGGUGCCGGCUAUUCACGUGCUGACGCCAUUUCCAUUAUGCUGCUCAAACGUUUGCCAGAUGCCGUACGUGAUGGUGACCCAGUUUUGGCCGUCAUCUCGUCAGCUGCCACCAAUCAUUCGGGAGAAUCCUUUUCCAUCACCCAUCCUCACGGGCCUACACAAAAGAGGUUGUACCAGGCAGGCAUGCUCGCCAGUAAGACACUUCCUCAAGAUUAUAGCUACAUUGAAAUGCAUGGCACCGGGACCCAAAGUGGAGACUUUGAAGAGAUUACCGGGAUUGUUCAAACUUUUGGAGAGGGCAAGAGAGGCGACGAGUCGCCGCUAGUCCUCGGCUCUGUCAAAGCCAACAUUGGUCACUCGGAAGCAGCUUCAGGCGCCAGCAGCAUGAUCAAGACCAUCAAGAUCUACGAGCAUGGUGAAGUCCCCCGCCACAUCGGUAUUCGAACCAAGCUGAAUACCAAGCUUCCUGGUCUUGACGGUCUACAUGUGCCUAUGCGGGAAGCAAAACUGGACAGGGUCAACACGGCAUUUACACUCGUCGACAAUUUUUCGGCAGCGGGCGGUAACUCGUCGAUCGUCAUGGAUCGAGGCACUGCAUAUCGCAACAGACUAUCAGAGCAGAGCAAGCAAGCUCUCGAUUUGGCUGCCAGACAUGGUCAAACACCGGAAGAGGACAAGCACCAUCUCUUGUUUGUCACUGCUGCUACAUCCUUUUCCUUGGACGCAAAAAGGCGCAGGUUGAUUGCAUACUUGGACACGAACAAGCAUGUAGGCUUGAACGAGUUCUGCAGCGCCGUCUCACUCGGGGAGUCCAUGCUUCCUUACCGACUGAUUGCUGUACCUUCCAACAUAGCUGAGGCGAGGUCGUGUCUUGCUAGCCAAGAGUCCGUCUACGUCGGCUUGAGUCCUAUCGGCCUCAAGAAGCACGCUGUUGGUAUUGUUUUCAGUGGCCAAGGCUCGCAGUACCUCAACAUGGCUAGGGAGCUUUACGUGCACAGCGCCGCUUUCCGCCGACACGUAGAUCACUGCAACUCCAUUGCUUUAAGUCUUCUUCUUCCAAGCCUGGUCGAGGUCAUUCACCCUCUUCAGCCAUUGCAAAAUACCUUGCAGACGGAUGCAACCAAGCAGCGCAAGGCAGACAGCUUCAGUGCGGCGCAAUAUCAGCUUGCGCUGAUUGCUACUGAGGUGGGGCUGGCUUCUAUGCUACUCGAUUGGGGCUUGAAACCUUCCUGCGUUACAGGACACUCUCUGGGCGAGUAUGCAGCUCUCUGGCUAUCAGGUGUUGUGACUCUGCGCAGUCUGAUAGAGCUCGUUGGGCGCCGUGCCUUACUCAUGAUGGAGCGAUGCACACCAGACGCCUCUUCCAUGCUCGCCAUCCGCGAGAGUCGCAACACAGUCGAGCGGUUGCUUGGACAAUCUCGAAACGAGCAGCUCGAAAUCGCUUGCGUCAACAGCCCGAAUGACACAGUGGUUGCGGGUCCUAACGAAGAGAUCGAAACGCUGCGAAGAUUCUGCGAGCAAAGCGAGCCGAAGAUCAAGGCAAUGGCAAUUCCCGUGCCUUACGCUUUCCAUUCUAAGGCGGUCGAGCCUCUCAUGGACGAGUAUCGCAUGGUAGUAGCCAGCCAUACCUUCUUCAAGCCAGAGAUGCCUGUGGCUUCCAAUCUCCUUGGACGAGUAGUCAGCCCAGGUAGCGAUGAGAUUGCUGGCUCAUACCUGGUCUCCCACCUCCGCGGACAAGUGCUGUUCUCAGACUCGAUCAUUGACUUGCAGAGCCAGCUAAGUGUUGAUACUUGGAUUGAGGUCGGACCGCACCCAACCUGCACACCCAUGUUGAAAGGUUGCUAUGCCGAAUCGACCCGCAUGCCAGAGUUUUUCUCAUCCUUCCGACGAGGCAGCUCGUCUUGGUCUUCGACACUCAAUCUCGUCAAGGAGCUUGCAUCGCGUGGAAUCGAUCUGAAUUGGGACAAGACCUUUGCGGAUUUAGGCCUACGCUUCUGCAAUCAUGGCCUCGCAGCACAGCUGCCGCUAUAUCCUUUCGAUCUUGACGAGUAUUGGGUGCCAUUCAAGGACCGUGGCUUGCGUGAUCAUCUUAUCGCAAGCUCUGCUCCCGCUAAUUCUUCGCAUGAAGAUGGUGUGUCAAGCAAAGACACCGAGGCAGCUUCACGGGAAUUGCCCAAGCCGCAUCAUACACUGCUGUGGCAGUGUCUUCGGCUGGAAGGAGCAUCGCCAUCGGCGAUGUUUUUAGCGCGUGUCAAUCAAAGACCCUUCCGCGACUUCAUCCGGGGCCAUAUCAUCCUCGGCGUUCCCCUGGCGCCUGCUACGGUCUUUGUCGAGCUGGCACAGGAAGCAGGGAUGUACUGGUGGCGGAUGGACCCCUGCAAGCAGAGACCACCGUCUCAAUCCGAGGAUGAUGUGGUCAUCGAAGUGCUUGAUUUGUCGAUGGUAGCUUCGCUUUACCUCAACGCGAGAGACCCCAAGCAGAGCAUCGAAAUAUCGCUGCAGGGCAAUCCGACAUCUGUGGACGGCUCGAUUGUGCAAUUUUUCUCGCACAGCGAACAGCAGCAUCAAAAGCAUCAGUAUGGAUCCUGUCGAAUCCGUAUCAUCACAAAGGAGCACGUCACUCAACAAUGGGCUAGGCUGCGCCACCUGAUUCUAAGAUCAGCCGCAACGAUCAAAUCGCAGCCUGCUUGCAUGAUUAAAACCGACACAAUCUACAAGCAGUUCGAGGCCAUUGUGUUAUACUUGGAUGGUUUCCGCGGCAUGAACACCAUUUUCAUGACUGACCUUGGUGACGAAGCUGUGUCCGAGGUCACGUAUCAUUCCAAUGCAGUCACCGGUCGAUUUUUGUGUAGUCCGAUGCUACUGGACAGCCUUGGUGGACUCACGGGCUUCAUCAGCAACGUCAGCUUUGCUGAAGGACCUUUCGUGUACAUGGCCGAAGCUAUUGGCAGGAUCGUUAUCAUGCCUGCUAUAGCAAAGCUGCUGCCUGGCAGUACGACAAAGCUGCAGGUGUAUGCCAGGAUGGAACAAGACAAAGAGCUGUCCAAAGGCUCUGCCUUCUUCUUUUCGCCAGACGGAGAGCCAAUGGGCUCGAUGGAAAACAUCGUCUUUAAGCGAAUUCGCCGAGACAUGCUGACAAGGUUGGUGCAGCUCUCGUCCAAAGCUUUCGCCAACGAGGCCGCAAAGUCAAGCAAAACUAAUGAUGCCACUGACAGUGGCACUCGAGAGACCCGCCCUCGGUCGGCCACGAGGGCUACCAAAGCUCUGAGGAGAUCCGGAAGCCCAUCGAAAGGGGCCCUCCACGCGAGCUCAGCAGCGACACAUUCAGCUAACCAAGAAAUGCAGUCUGAGUCGCCGAUGGACGAACUCACGAAUCCGGACAGACGCUUCAGCUUCUCAGCCCCGCAUCACAUUGGCGGAUCGCGACUGAUGCGUUUCGAGGGACAGAAUGUUCUCUUCGUCUUCCCUGACGGCAGCGGGACAGCUCAGGUGCUGCCCAAGUUGGAAAAUAACACGACGCUCUCCGUAUACGGAUUUGACUCGCCUUAUCUGGGACACGUGGGUGCGUGGAGCCGAGGUAUAGCCGAGCUGAUCGACCGAUACGUGGAGCUGCUUUGCAGCGUUCAGCCGCAAGGACCGUACAAGCUGGCAGGAUGGAGCAUAGGAGGCAUCUUUGCUCUCGAAGUGGCUCGACGUCUGCUCUCGAUGGGCCAGCAAGUCGCUUUUGUUGGCUUCAUUGACACGCCGAGUCCCAAGCAGAUUCAGCCGCUCUCCGCCGAUACACUGGACGAGAUGCUCAAGCCGAUCACGUCCAACACGGUUCGCGAGCACUUUAGAUCGUGCGCUCUGAGUCUGCCGGAAUACCGUUGCCUGGCAUUGCAAGCGGCGGAUCGGCUGCCAGACAGGGUGACGAUAGUCAAUGCGAAGGAAGACUCAAAACUAAAGGGUGUGAUUGCAACCGAAAGCGAAUGGCGAUCGUUUUGGCGCAACUCGGGCAACAUCAGAUUCUAUGAAGUGGAUGGUGACCACUGGAGCUGCCUGAAGCCUGCUCUCGACCUUGUCGUGCGCAGUGCUCAAGAGUGA